AUCGGAUAACUCCCGCACCCCCUCUCUAGUUUCUCUCUCUCUCUAUAUAUAUAUAUAUGGGGGAGUCCGCCGACGGAGAGUCUUUGCUUUUUGCAAGUUACAACGACCAAAACUUGGGCGAACUGUUAUUGUUAUGUUUUCUUUAUUGGCGCUCGUAAGUCGUAACAAUUAAACUAUUGAAAAGAGGUUGAGGUUUAGGACCUUUGGUUUAGCCAUGAGUUCUUCUGCUUCUGGCCUGUCUCAUGUCGAUCAAGAACAACUGAUGGAGAAGCUUCAGAUCUUCAAGAUCCAAGGUACGGAUAGACACGGUCGGAAGGUUCUUGUUAUCAUCGGAAAGUACUUUCCCGCUCGGGUUAUAAGCGUUGAGGUGUUGAAAAAGUAUUUGAAGGAGAAGAUUUUCUCUCAGCUGGGAGAGAAGCCGUUCUCUGUGGUGUAUGUGCACACAGGUGUUCAGAGGAGCGAUAACUUUCCUGGAAUCUCGGUCCUCCGGUCGAUCUACGAGGCCAUUCCGAUCAAUGUUAAAGAUCACAUCGAGGCGGUUUACUUCCUACACCCCGGUCUGCAGGCCAGGCUCUUCUUCGCCACCUUUGGUCGUUUUCUCUUUAACGGAGGGUUAUACCAGAAGCUUCAAUACGUGAACAGGCUUGAGUUUCUGUGGAGCCAUGUAAGGAGGAACGGACUCGAGAUACCUGAGUUUGUAUUGGAUCACGAUGAGGAACUGGAAGACCGUCCGUUGAUGGACUACGGUUUGGAGAGUGAUCACCCCAGAACCUACGCUUCACCAACGCAUGAUUCGCCGGUGGGAAUGUACUCAAUGAGGUGCAUAGCAUAGCAAAGCAAAGGGAUGAUUUACGAGGGUUUUAGAAUACCAGGUGGUUGUGAAGUUAGUUGUUGAGCACUGUGAAAACGGUAGAACUUAAAUCAAUUUAAAGUAUGUGUACAGUAAAAGUCAAAUGGAGUGAUUCUGGGGUCCGAUUUGCAUUUUCCCCCUUUUUAAGGAGAUGUGAAUAAGUACUUUUUCAUCCUUUGGAUGGAGCUUUAUACACUAGAGUUUUGGCUCUCGGAA